AUGGGUUUCAGUUCUGAUGAAGUCCAUCAUAUGAUGGACGAAAGCCCAGCCAGUUUUCAUGUGCUGCGUCAACCUAAACGUCGUUCAAAGUCAAACGGCUGCGGUACAACGCGAAUCGGCCGUCAUCUGUUCGCCGUAUGCUGGGCCAACAAACGUCUGUCUUGUCCACUUCCACAGUGCCUAGCGAAUCAGGAGGACAGUUCGCCCUACUCUGCGUCAGCCCUGAUGCCUCAGUCUCCUUCGGAACCGUCUCUUCAUGGAGUCGUCCGAGCGUCCGACAUGCUGCCGCCUUCCUCGUGCUCAUUUGAUCCCGCUCCAGGUCCAUGUGGCCACUUGAAUCGUCCGGAGCCAGACAUCCUGCGACCUCUGAAUCGGGACUCAGAUGUAUCAGCAUCGCGGCCACGUCCCCGUUCAGGCCUCGCCGAUCCGGCCUCGGAAGAGGAGCUGGACACCAAGCCGACUGUCCGAAAGAGACGACGGCGACUAAAGUCAUCUGCUCGUGGGACCGGCGGUUGGUUUGAGUCGUUGGCUGCCGGACCGGUGGCUUCAAGAACCCAGUCCUCUUUGCUCCCCUCUUGGCAUCAACAUCAUCGCCUGCGUGUCUGUCUGCUUGCACCUGUAUUCCUUCCCGCAGUGUUGACCCUGCCGUCGGCUGGUCCACUCGUCCUAGAGCCCAGCCUCACCAACGCCAAUUCGACGUCGGCCAAACUGUUGGCUCCGAGUCGAAACCGGCCCGACGAGGCCUGGACGUCUUCUGCUCCAGGACAGCCGGUACUGCAUGCAGUCAAGACGUAUCAUUGGUUGACUGAGCCCCGUGACUCGGACUCGCCUGGACCCAUAGUCGGGCAGGCAGACUCGGGCUUCUGGGAUGGAGCCCCGACCGGUCAGACGCUUCGACAUGCCAGCCCGUCAGCCAUGGACUCACUACUAUGCGGACAACCGGUUGUCGCCGAUCGGCCCUACUGUGUGGUCACCUGCGAGCCGAGGUAG